AUGACCGGCUCCUCUGCUGACACUCACCGCUGCCCCCACCCCAAAGGCGCCAAAGUCACCCAGCCCCAGAGCAGCCACGUGCGGCCCGUGAGCCACGCCACCAGCGGGGGCUCAGAGGAGGAGGACAAAGACGGCAGGGUGCUAUUACACGUUAACAAGAGUGGCUUCCCCAUCGACAGCCACACCUGGGAGCGCAUGUGGAUUCAUGUGGGCAAGGUGCACGGAGAAAUGGUGGGUGCCAUCAGGAAUGCCGCCUUCUUGGCAAAGCCUACAAUACCCCAGGUUCCAAACUACAGGCUUUCAAUGAUGAUUCCAGACUGGCUUCAGGCAAUCCAGAACUACAUGAAGACACUACAAUACAAUCAUACAGGGACCCAGUUCUUUGAAAUUAGGAAAAUGAGACCAUUGAGUGGGUUAAUGGAAACAGUAAAAGAAAUGACUCGAGAGUCCUUGCCUAUAAAAUGCCUUGAAGCUGUCAUCCUGGGCAUAUACUUAACCAAUGGACAGCCUUCCAUCGAGCGAUUCCCCAUCAGCUUUAAAACCUACUUCUCAGGAAACUACUUUCACCACGUUGUGCUGGGGAUGUAUUGCAAUGGCCGCUAUGGCUCACUGGGCAUGAGCCGAAGGGCUGAGCUGAUGGACAAGCCGUUGACCUUUCGGACUCUGAGUGACCUCAUCUUUGACUUUGAAGACUCCUGUAAGAAAUACCUGCACACAGUCAAGAAGGUCAAGAUUGGGCUGUAUGUUUCCCAUGAGCCUCACAGCUUCCAGCCCAUUGAGUAGAAGCAGCUAGUCCUCGAUGUCUCAAAGAUGUUGAGGGCAGACAUAAGGAAGGAGCUGGAGAAGUAUGCCAGGGACAUGAGAAUGAAAAUCCUGAAGCCUCCAAGUGCCCAUUCCCCAACCCAGGUGAGGAGCCACGGAAAAUCCCUGUCCCCCCGAAGAAGACAGGCAAGCCCCAAAAGGUGGCUCGGCAGGCGAGACAAGUCUGCCUUGCUUUUAGGUACCACUUCAUGCCAUAUAGGAACUGGUGCUGGAAAAUGCAAUGAACUAAGAGAAGCAGAAUCUUUCUUUAAAAUGGAAACGUCUUUAGGCACAGUGUUAUAA